AUGAAUCGAAUUAGAGUCCUUAGAAAUUUGACAAUCCCUAAAUUAUUUACUAGAAUCACCUGUUUAACUCUACCUUAUUUUAUUUAUCAUAACUAUCAUAAUAAUCAUAUCCAUUGUUUUAAUUAAGGUAAAACAUAUCUCCAUUACAUUUUCCAGUUCUACAAAUGAAUUAAAAAAUCUAUGAACAAAAUAUACUUGGAAAUAAUAAUGAUUAUUUCUUCUUAGUUAUAUAUAAGGAAGAAAUAGAUGGAGGAUAUGGUGAAAAAGAAGCUAUUGAAGCUGCCAAAUAAUUAUAAUAAAUUAUUGAUAAACUAUAAAUUAAUUGUAUCUCAUUUCUAUAUCUAGGUCAUAUUUAUACUGUAUCUAAAACUUAAUUAAAAACUAUCACCUAAGCAAUUCAAAAAAAAUAAAAUGUUUAGAUUUAUGAACCUGAGGAUUUUAAUUAAAUUGAAAUCUUUUUUAAAACUCCUCAUUCCAAAGAUUAUGUUUACAUUCCUUUUAAAAAACACAACUUUUAUCAAGAAUUUAAAUAAGAUAAAAUAUUGUAAUACCUAUAAAUCACAAUAGAACAUAAGUUUCAAGAUUCUUUGAUUUGUGCUAAACAGUUACAACUAAAGAAUAGUUCCAAUCAAUAAUUUUAGAAAACUUAUAUUUAUUAGACUCUCCUGUUUUCAUUAAGUCUAAUAGUAAUGAUUCUUAACUUCAAUAAUUUAAAAAUAUAUCCUUUCAGUUUUUAGACAAAAAAACUGUAAACUUAAAUUCAAAAUUCAUUAUUAUUGAUAAUAAAGAACUAUGCUAAUCUUUAAAAUUAAAAGAUGAUGAUAUUUUAUUGUUGAGAAAUGAUAUCUUACAAAAAUAUUACAAUUGUAUUAUCAAUCAAUAAAAUGAAAUAAUACCCCAAUUAAUAAAUAAGUCUUAACUUGACAAUUUAAAAUAUGAAUCCUUUAAUGAAUGGAGAUAAAAACAUAAUACUCUUAAAUCAGAUACAAUGACUGAUUAAUAGAAUUUAUUAGAACAAUUCACUUUUGAUCUUUAGCAAUUUAGUUUACCUAGAGUUUUCUAUUUGAAGAACAGGAAAAAAUCUAAAAUAGCAGCAUUUGUCAGAAAAGUCAAAAACCCUUAAAAUCCAGAAGGUAAAUUAGUUGUAAGUUUGCAAUUAGAUCCUAAAGAUUAAAAUAGACUAGAUGUAUACUAACUUUUAUUAUCUUUAUUAGAAUCAUCAAAGAAUAUCUUUAUUCUUUAAACUUUAUGAAUAAUAUAAGGAUAAAUUAGAAUUUGUAAUUUCAGCAACUAAUUAAUUAGAAGAAUUGAUGCCUCACUUAAAUAAAUUUUAAAGCAAGUUUGUUCUUUUUAAUAUUUUUAAAUAAAUUCCUUAUUCUAAACAACCAUUUCCAUAAACUGCCAAACUUUAUGAAAAAUAUUUCCUUAAAGACACAAAAUUUGUUGAGCGAUUUGAAGUAUUAGAUUAAUAAUUGAAUAAUUUACUCUCUUAAAGUCCUGAAAGUAGAAUAAUUAAUAUUGAUUAUCUAUCUUAAGAUCUUGAUAAGAUUUAGGAAAUUAAUUUAGAUUAUUUUAAUUUUCUUUAAAGCAGCAGAAAUAACAAAAAGCAAAUUAUUUUAUAUUAUUAGAAUGAUGCAAUGACAGAAGCAUUACUUACUAUUUUGAAAGAUUUUAAAACAAAGUACAUAUAAUCUAAUAUUUUAAGUUUAAAUAUAUAUACAUUAUCUAGUUUAAAUUAGAUACCAGCACUUUAUUCAUCUUUUCCGAAUUAGAAUGUUUUGAUAGUAAAUAAUUAAGCUAUAGGAUUUCCAGAAUUGAUUGAUGCAGAUUUAAAUGAGUUAAGAGAAAAAGUAGAAAGUUUAGUAAAGCAAUAUAUAUGA